CACACGCAGCGCGCGCACAGCAGGCACACGUGCUCGCGCCUCGAUUAGCUCCGUGCGCGCACAGCUGAUUUGAGCGCUGGUGAUGAAGCGCCGUCUUCACAUGCUCCACCGACGAGAUGCGAGAAAUUAAUCACGCCGUUUUUUCUCAUGCUGGGCGACUUAGUUACACUCUGAGGAAAGAUUUCUUGGAUUCAUAAGUUGGUGCUUCGUAUCAGGCUUUUUUUCUCUAAGAUGACAAAAUGACCAAAAAAGUCACUUUGGUCUUCAAUAAUAUGGAAAAAAUGACGUGUCAUCAACCAAAAACAUAAUUUCAGUUGUGAGAGGAAGAGCUUGGUAUUCUCAGCAAUGAGGUGUGACAAUUCGACCAAUGGGACAGAUACGCCAUACACCCUGCUGGUGGCCCUUCCUAUGAGCGUCCUGGUGGGGCUCCUCAUCCUCCUCAUUGUCUUUGGCAAUGUGCUGGUGAUCAUCGCCGUGUUCACGAGCCGGGCUCUCCGGGCUCCUCAGAACCUGUUCUUGGUGUCGCUGGCCUCCGCUGAUAUACUGGUGGCCACUCUGGUGAUGCCGUUCUCGUUGGCGAAUGAGCUGAUGGGAUGCUGGGUCUUCGGACAGGUUUGGUGCGAAAUCUACCUGGCUUUGGACGUUCUUUUCUGCACGGCCUCGAUCACUCACCUGUGCGCCAUCAGUCUGGACAGGUACUGGUCGAUCACGCAAGCCAUCGAGUAUAAUCUCAAGCGCACGCCGCAACGAAUCAAGCGCAUUAUUUUUAUAGUCUGGAUCAUCGCCGCCGUGAUCUCCUUCCCGCCUCUGAUCACCAUGAAGAAGGAAGAGGGGAACACCUGCAAAAUCAACGAAGAAAAAUGGUACAUUGUCUCCUCUUCAAUCGGCUCGUUUUUCUUGCCCUGCAUCAUUAUGGUCCUCGUUUACAUCCGAAUCUACCAGAUCGCCAAGAAGAGGACCAGAGCGCCCCCUGGGGACCGGAGGAAAAAGGACGCCGGCAAGAAGGAGAACGACCCCCAUGAGAAGCUCAACGGGAAUCCCAACCCUAAACCGGACAUCAAGGGUGAGAUAAACGGCGUGGACAUGGAGGAAUCGUCCUCCUCGGACCACAAGGUCUCCAACCCCUGCUCCCUCAAGAAGAAGAGCUCCAAAGGAAAGACCAAGCUGAGCCAAAUCAAACCGGGGGACGGCGACAAGAGCGAGGUCCUUCAGACCACCAAGACCAGCAGGUGGAAGGGUCGUCAAAACCGGGAGAAGCGCUUCACGUUCGUGCUGGCGGUGGUCAUAGGCGUGUUCGUCGUCUGCUGGUUCCCGUUCUUCUUCACUUACACGCUGACCGCAUUCUGCAAAAGCUGUGUGCCGGAAACUCUCUUCAAGUUCUUCUUCUGGUUCGGCUACUGCAACAGCUCCCUCAAUCCCAUUAUAUACACCAUCUUCAAUAACGACUUCCGAAGAUCCUUCAAGAAGAUCCUCUGCCGGAGAGAUAACAGGAGAGGGGUGUGAAUGGGUUGCUUUUUCUUUUAGCCAGUGCAAUUCAUCGCCCGGCGUUUAUAGGAAGUACUUGUGUACAGUAAGCCAACGUGUCUGAAGAGGAAAAAACGGACUCUUUACGUGCUUUGUACAAUCGCGACAAUGCAUGAUUAUGCAAUUAGGGCACUAUUCAGAUUCGUCCAUUUCUGAAGUGUAUUGUUGUGUCGUUCUUGAUAUACAGUGAGUUGGUGUGGUUUCGUAAUUCUGGUAAUUAGGCAUCCGCCAACGUGGGGGGACGUAGUCAAAGACAGUGCAUCACAAACCAUGCCGGAUGCUGAUUAAAAUGUGAAUUAUUAUUAUUUUUUUUAAAUGUCAAAGCACUACAAACUUGGCCUUCAAGCUUCAUAAUGUGCUGCAAAACUGUUGUUGCAACGUGCAUGUCGAUGUGUUUUCUCGCAGGGCCCCGUUUAUUUUCCCUGACAUAUUGCGUAAUUAAUUGUGAAGGUGUUGAUAUUGUUCGGUGGAUUUAUUGUAUUUUUUUUUAUCCUUGCCAGUAACGGUUCAUUUGAAAUCUGGCUGUGGACCAUUAAGCAAAACGAGGUUGAGCUCGUCUGACUGGAAACUGACAGACCGGUGUCACAACAGAUUUCUCCGGCUUCUGAUGUACUUUAUAUCUGUCACCAUAGACAUAAUGGAUGGAUCUUUAGUAUGACAACACAAGGGAUAGUGUCAGCCUGCGACUGAUAAACUGUGUCAAACGGGCUGGCAGAUUUAUAGAAGUGCACAACAAAAUAAAGUGGAAUAUUUAGCAGGAUAUUGAAUGACUAGCAACAGAGUUUCUCCAGGUCAAGAUGAGGUCAGGUGGUUUUUUUCCUCUUCGGGAUGCGUGUAGUGUCCCCAGAUCCAGUUGUGGAGAGAUAGAGUGAGUGUCCAGUCCGAUUGGAUGUAAACCAAGGUCUUGAAUGACAUCUACAAAACUACCUGUCACUGUGCGUUAUUGCCAUAGCUCAAAAACCUAUGUAUGGCUCACUUCAAUAUAUUGGUUUUCCGUUUGUGCUUUCAACGUGUUCAACCAUUGAGGUCUGAGAAACAAAAAAAAUGGUGUAAGCACAUAUAAAAAGAGAAGAAAAAAAAACACUCAAAAAAUAUAAAUAAUAAAAAGUGCAGAGCCUUUUUUCCUUUUUUUUUGUCUGUCUGUAAUCAUUCUGGAAAGGCAACUGGAGAAUGUUUUCUAAUGAAAAGCAAAGCUCCACUUACGGGAUCAGACUCUGAAAGAGCUGAAUGUGUCUUCACAAAAGCAGAAAUUGUGUUUACAGCAAUGCG